AUGAGCGGGGCGCCGCCGCCGCUGAGCGGGCGGAUCCGCACCUUCGUGCGGGUGCGGCCCCCCCAGGGCCGCGAACUCGAAGCCCCGCUGGCGCUGCGCUGCCCCUCGCGCUCCCGCGUGGAGCUUUCCGACGCGCUGCGCCGCCAGCGCUGGGCCUUCGAAGUCGACGGAGUCUUCGGGCCUGCUGCGGGGCAGCAGGACGUGUGGGGCCCUGUGGAGCGCUGCAUCGAGCGGGUGGUGGAGGGCUACAGCUGUUCGGUCUUUGCGCACGGCCAGACUGGCACGGGCAAGACCUUCACGAUGUUGGGGCCCGAACUCAUCAAGGGCUGCGGCUGCGCAGACCCCAAAAUUCAACACAGCAGCAAACUCGCCAGGCUCCAGCUCGUCCAGAAAAGACUCGCUGCCGCCACCAAAGUGCGAAGCCGGUACGGGGAAGACAGCUCGUCUCAAGUUCGCAUCUUCGCCUCUUACAUUCAAGUUUACAAUGACAAGCUCGUGGACCUGCUCGCAGACCCCACAGCCAAGGCAACGCCCCUCACCAUUGUAAAGAGCCCCACAAACCCGACGGCCACGAUAGUCCAGGGCCUGCAGCUCUUCGAAGUCCACUCUUGUGAAGAACUGGUCCAUUUGCUGCUGCGGGGCACUUUCUAUAGGGCUUUUAGAGCUACUAGAAUGAACCCCAUGAGCAGCAGAAGCCACGCCAUCUUCCAGGUGGAGCUACGCCAGUCCUUGCCGAACAACAAACACAUUUUUAGACAAGCCCGACUCAACUUGGUGGACCUGGCAGGAAAUGAGCGAUGCGACACAAUGAAGAGUUUGGCGCGGAGCCACAUGGAGGAAGUUGGGGCGAUAAACCGGAGUCUUUCUGCAUUAAUUUUGUGCAUUCAGCAGUUGAACUCGGAAGGCACCACGGUCUCGUUCAGGUCCUCCGCACUCACGCGGCUGCUGCAGGAGUCCUUGGGGGGCGGCUGCUUCACAACUUUCAUCUGCACAGUUUCGCCUUCUUCACUUUGCAUCAGAGAAACCCUUGCGACUUUGCGGCUGGCAGUGCGGGCGAAGGCAGUGCGGCUUUCUGCAAAGCCCAACCAGCUCACUGACAUGCCUCAGGUGCUGCAGGCGCUCAAGAAGGAGGUGCGGGUGCUUCGCGAGAUGCUGGAGCACGGCGUCCACAGCGCGCCCCAGAAGCAGCAGCAGCAGCAGCAGCAGCAACAGCAGCAGCAGCAGCAGCAGCAGCAGCGGCAGCGCACGGAUCUCCACCAACAGCUCCACCAACAGCUCCAGCUGCUCCACAGCCAGAGACACAAACAGAGGGAGCGACACAAAAACCAAAUCGGCACCGCAGAGGGGGCUCUACCCGGGGCUGCUGCUGCUGCUGCUGCUGCUGCUGCCGGGCUCGCUGCGCACAGCCCCCCACGUCGCUGCUGUGCUGCUGCCUCCGGUGGGCUGCUGCGGAGGUCUCUUUCUUGCCCCUCCAGCCCUACAAUGACACUUGAAUUAACUGAACUUCCUGCUGCGUUCCCGCUGCAGCAGCAAACCCCACAAAGGUGCACAGCCUGUGGGGAGUUAGCCCUUCCCACGGGCUGUCUAGACACCUCAGCCACUCCCUCGAGCCCUUCAAACACGGUGCACCGGCUACUCUUUGCUGCUGCAGCGCAGCAGCAGCACCAACAACACCAACUGCAGCAGCACCUGCUGCAACAGCAACAGCUGAGGCAGCACCAACAGGUAGAGGCGCUGCCCAUGGGCGACGUCGUGUCUUGCUGGCAUCAGCAGCAGCAACAGCAGCUGCAGCAGAAGGAACCCAACGCCACUUCCUUGUGGGAACCUUCAACUCCUGCAAGCGAACACAACGCUGCCGCUGCAGCAGCGGCAGCAGCAGCUGCUGCUGCUGCCGCUGUGGUUGCUGCUGCUGCUGCUGCGAGGGAUGAGACGCAGCAGCAAACCCCGAACAAUAAAGAUGACUACUGUUGCUGCUGUGAAUCACCUACCAAGAGCCACCGGAUACUCCGGCGAGCUGAGAGCGAAGGAUCACCUGCUGCUUCACCAGCAGCAGCAGCAGUUCUUGCUGCUGCUGCUGCUGCUGCCCCAGAGGGCCCAGCCACCCCUGCAGCAGCAGAAGCAGCAAAACAAGGGCCUGGUGACGCAGCUGCAGAAGAGCUAAACGCCAACGUUUCGCCACAAAGCCAAGCCUCAGACAGGACAGCUGAGCAACUUAGCCUACAGCAGCAGGAGCAGCAGCAGCAGGAGUCCAACAAACAGCAGCAAGAGCAGCAGCAAGACGAACUUGAACCUCACCAACUACUGGAAGCGGCAGAGCAACAGCAACAGCAACAGCAACAACAGCAGCAACAGCACACGGAAGAUACUGAAGUUGCCCCCGAAAUAUUGCUGGAUCACUUGCUGCAGCAGCAGCUGCUGCAGCAAAUGCAGCAGAGGCAGCUGGAGUCGCAGCAACUUAAAAUAGCUCAGCUUCAGGCGGAGCACGAGCAAUUGAAGCAAGAACACAGACAGGCAACCGCUAGGCUAAUUUUACAGGAGCAGCAGCAGCAACAGCAGCAGCUGCUGUUACUGCAAAAUGAGAGCGAUGAGCAGCAGCAGCAGCAAGAGCAGCGGAAACAGGAUCACGAGCAGCGCGAACAACAAGAGCCGCAGCAGGAGCAGCAGGAAGAACAACAGCUGGAACAGCAGCAGAAGUUCCUGCCUGCCGCUGCUGUGUCUCCUUUCGCCUCCUACACAGCAGCAGGAGCAGCAGCACCAACAACGCCAGAAGCAACACAGACGCAAGCAGCAGAGGCAGCAGAGCAUCAGGAGCAGCAGCAGCAUCAACAGCAGCAGGAGCAGCAGCAGCAGCAGGAGCAGCAGCAGCAAGAGCAGCAGGUAAAGGCGGAAAUUUUCACAGAAGAGAGUGUGGGGGAUAUUAGCAAAGCAGCAGCUGCAGCAGAGCAGCUGUAUAGGCAGCAGCAGCUUCACCAGCAGCUGCUGGAAGAGCACCGCGCGCUGCAGCAGCAGCGGCAGCAUCUGGCAGCAUGCAUCCACGACAUGAAAAGUAAGUCUCCUCAGGUGUCUCCCUCCAGCUGCCAACAGCAGCAGCAGCAAAAGCAGCAGGGGAAGCAGGAGCAGCAGGAGCAGCAGCAGCAGCAGCAGCUUCCAGCGCAGGGAGCCCACCUAGUGCCGGUGCAGCGAGGUCGCAGGACAGGCAGCAGUGGCGGCACUUGCAGCAGCAACUGCAGCAGUAAUUGCAGCAGCUGCUGCAGCAGCAGCUGCAGCUGCAGCAGGCCUCUGCCGGCUACUGUGGAGGGGGCGCCACUGUCAGCUGCUUGGGACAGCCACAGCCAGCAGCAGGAAGAGCUGCAGCAUUACGGCAGCAGCACAAGCUUAUUUGCUUCCCCGAGUCAUGUUGCUCGAAGGUCACAUGGUUCCCAACCUCUUUUGCAUCAGCAGCAGCCGCUGCAGCAGCCGCAGCAGCAGCAGCAGCAGCAAUUGCAGCAGCAGCUGCUGCAGCUAAGAGAGCAGUCAGGAGAGACAUUCUCCACGUGCACGAGCACGAAGUCAAGCACCUGCAGCAGCAACAAUGUCCCUGACAUGACGGCAGACACGAAUUCGAUGUUGCAGCAGCAGCAGCAACAGCAGCGGACGCUGCAGCAGCCGCAGCUCUGGCCGGCUCUGCACAACACAGCAGCAGCAGCGGCAGCAGCAGCAACUUCAUCCGGUACUGCAUGGGGAGAAUACCCGCCACUCCAGCAGCAACAAAUGUGUGCUCCGCAGCAGCAGCAGCAGCGCUUCAGCAGCAACGAUUCUAUUUUGGGGUGCUCCUCUCCCUACGCACAUCAAUCCCAGCAUGAGCAGCAGCAGCAGCAGCAGCAGCGACACCAACAAAUGCAGCAGCAGCAACAACACCAACAGCAACUGCAGCAAAGUCUGCAGUUGAGGAACUACCCCAUAGGCACUGCCUUGAGGCACCCCCGGGAUUUACACCAGCAACAGCAGCGGCUGCUGAGCAUGCAGCAAAAGUGGCAGCAGCAGCAGCAGCAGCAGCAGCACGACGAAGUCUGUUGGCUGUCUGCGUCUCCCCGCCUGCCCCCUCUUUCCCGCAGCCGCCAGUGGCCGGGGCCCCUCCCAGUACCCCACGGUGGGGCCCCUCAGGGGGCCCCUCACAUGGUGGGACCCCCUGGGGGCCCCCUAAGGGGGCCCCCCGGGGGCCCCCAGGUGCAGCGCAGCACGAACUGGCAGGCCCCCAUAGGGCACAGCUGCGAGAGCGCGCCACCCACAGCGUCGGGGCCCCCAGCAGCAGCAGCAGCAGCAGCAGCAGCAGCAGCAACAGGCUGGCUUUUGGCGGACGCAGGCCCGCAACUGGAGGCCCUUUCUAGCGGAGCAGCAGAGAGCAGCAAGACACAUUUUGCUGCCUGUAGUGCUGCUGCUGCUUUCACCGGCAGCAGGGGGAGGCCCCCAGGAAGGGCCCCCAUGCUAAGUGCGCCUGCGCAGGCCUACGGGGUUCACCAGGGGGGCCCCUACUACUACACGGCCACCGAGCACCGCCAGCAGCAGCAGCAGCAGCAGCAGCAGCAGCAGCAACAGCAGCAGCAGCAGCGGCUGCUCAUGAUGCACCGGUGGGGCAAUGCGCAGCGGCGCAGCACGUCGCUCACUUCCCCUCUAGUGAACAGGGAAGAGGAGGAAACACCAACUGCAGCAGCAGCAGCAGCAGCAGCAGCAACGGUGUUUCAUGACACAGGAAGGGGGCCCAGUCCCUUGCUGCCGCGGCACUUGCUGAGCCCGCUGCCCCUGUGCAGCAGCAGCAGCAACCCAGCAGCAGCAGCAGGGCCUUCGCAGCCCCGAGUAUGGCGCAGCGAAAGCCUUUGCAGCUUUAGAGACAAAUCUUUCCCACUCACCCCACACCCUGCAGCAGCAGCAACUGCUGCUUCGCUGCCGCAGGACAUUAGCUACCGCAGCGUUAGCAGGUAUGCACACUGCUGA